UUUAAAUAUUAAACAAUUUAAGACAGAAAAGAGAGGUUCCCUUUGUAUUUCUAUAGGCCCUGAAAAAUUGAAGCUUUAGUCUAGAGUAAAAGUGGGGAAAUGACGAUCGACGACGACAGUUCGGUGUACGUUGGAGGACUUCCCUAUGACGCUACCGAAAGCUCAAUCAGCCGUGUCUUCAGCCUCUACGGUGCCGUUGUCGCCGUUAAGCUUAAGCUAGCAUUAGGGUUUUCUGAAAAAUCAAAGCUUGUUGAUGUGGUUGUCUCGCAGAUUGUCAAUGAUCAUACAACUAGAGGAAAAUGCUAUGGCUUUGUUACUUUUACAAAUCCUCGUUCAGCUUGUGAUGCCAUCAACGACAUGAAUGGCAGGACUAUCAAUGGUCGAGUUGUGAGAGUGAAUGAAGUGACCACCAGAGGGGGCAGAUCGAAUUUCAAUCGAGACCGCUUUAGACAUAGUGAGUGGGAUAGGGGGCGGGAUAGAGAAAGAGAUUAUGGUCAUGAUAGAGAACAGUAUCGGGAUCGAUAUAGCGAUAGGUCCAGAGAACACGAUUGGUCUUGGGACCAUGAUUCUGGAAGAGAAAGAGGAUAUGAGCAUGACGAUCAUGAUGGAGCUGGGGAGUAUUCAUUGGAUAGAGAUCAUGACAGAGAUGUGGAGGAUAAUGUGCACGCAGAAAGCAGGGACCAUAUUCAUGAGCGGGAGAUGGAACAUGACCUGAAUUUGGAUCAACAUAGGGAGAUUUCUGGAGCCAAUGGUUAUCCUAGAAAUGUUGAUGAGGACAAGGAGCAACAACUGAGGAGACGGAAUGGCUCUAUGAGCAAUGAUCAACAUGGCAGAGGGCUUUCAUCAGAUUCAAGUGAUGAUUACAAUCAGAUGAAAAAAGAACUGGAAAGAUCAAUUCAAAACCGUGAAGAACUUAAAACAGAGAUUUCACUGAUGGAAGGGAGGUUAGAAGAGACAAAACAAAUUGUUUUGGAUUUACAGAAAAAAUCUAAGACCCUGGAGGAUGCAUUGGUUGCCGCAAAGAAGCUGUCUUCAUGCCGCAAAAUGCAGUUAACUAAGCUGCAUAAACGUUUCCUGCAAGUAAAGGAGUAUAGAGAAAAACUUAAAAGCUGUGAACAAGAACUUCAGUCGCUGGUUGAUUCAGCAAUGCUAGAGAGUGAAGAUGAUGUGGCUGUACGGGGUGGCAGUUUGGCAAACGGCACAGCAUGAUUUCGUGAUGAAGUUCACUAAUCCUCUGAUAUGUCAUUUGUUUAAAGAUGUCACACGCAGCUUUACCUUUUGAUUGGGUUACUUAUAACUUUAUGUAGAUAGAGCAUGAGGAGAUUGAACUAGCAUUAAAAUAACUCCUUGAUUUAGAUGUAUAUGUGUUGAUAUUUAGAAUGUUAUUAAGGCCAUACUGUUCUUUAUUAAUGUAAUAUCAUAUAAUCCGAUGGUGUAAAUUCUAUUUUGAAUGGAUUAUUUGUUAUUAAGACCAGGAUGGUUUUUGGUCGACCUAGGGGCUUUGGGCCUGUUGCCCAACGCUCACCAAACACCCCAUAAGAUGAGUGCUUACCUGCAGGUCGGCUAAUAUGCCCAGCCCAAGAUGUUUUGUUGGACCGACGUCUUUAUCCAAGACGAAGGCAGCGUGUCCCGUGGUGUGGACAAUUGAAU